UACGUGAUGACGUCAGAUGUAUAUGAGCGCAGGCGGCGGGAUCUCUCUCCCUUUUACCGCCAUCGGAGCGGAGUCUCUUUCUUCAGACUACCUAACUGCGCAGCGCCGCUAGACCAGUUCAUCCUCCGGCCGCAGAGCGAAGUAUCAUCAAGAUGGCAGACAUUGACAACAAAGACCAGGCUGAGAUGGACCCUGCAGACAUGGAGGACGUAGAGGAUGUGGAGGAGGAGGAGACCGGAGAGGACGAGAACAGCAAAGCUCGUCAGCUCACUGUGCAGAUGAUGCAGAACCCACAGAUCCUGGCUGCGCUGCAGGAAAGGCUGGACGGCCUCAACGGCUCCCCAUCAGGAUACAUGGAAAGCUUACCGAAGGUCGUAAAGAGACGCGUGAACGCUUUGAAGAACCUGCAGGUCAAAUGUGCCCACAUCGAAGCCAAGUUCUACGAAGAAGUCCAUGAACUGGAGAGAAAGUACGCAGCGCUCUACCAGCCCCUCUUUGACAAAAGAAGCGAGAUAGUGACAGCAGCUUACGAGCCCACAGACGAAGAAUGCGAGUGGAAGACCGAUGAAGAGGAAGAGCUGACAGUAAGUAAGCAGGAUGAGAUGAAGGAGAAGGCCAAGUUGGAUGAAGAGAAGAAGGACGAAGAGAAGGAAAAUCCCAAAGGCAUCCCAGAGUUCUGGUUAACAGUAUUCAAAAACGUGGACCUGCUCAGCGACAUGUUGCAGGAGCACGACGAGCCAGUUCUAAAACAUUUACAAGAUAUUAAAGUAAAGUUCUCUGAUCCGGGACAGCCAAUGAGCUUCUCAUUAGAGUUUCACUUCGAACCCAACGAGUUCUUCACAAACACAGUGUUAUCGAAAACCUACAAGAUGAGGUCGGAACCGGACGAGAGCGACCCGUUCUCCUUCGACGGGCCGGAGAUCAUGAGCUGCGUUGGAUGCACGAUCGACUGGACGAAGGGAAAGAACGUCACGUUGAAAACAAUCAAGAAGAAGCAGAAGCACAAGGGCCGCGGCACGGUGAGGACCGUCACCAAGACCGUCCCAAACGACUCCUUCUUCAACUUCUUCACCCCGCCUGAAGUUCCAGAAAACGGAGAGCUGGACGAGGACUCCGAGGCGAUCCUGGCAGCAGACUUCGAGAUCGGCCACUUCAUCCGGGAGCGCAUCGUACCGCGCGCCGUGCUCUACUUCACCGGCGAGGCCAUAGAGGACGACGACGAUGACUACGAUGAAGAGGGUGAAGAAGCAGACGAUGAGGAAGGCGAGGAGGAGGCCGACGAGGAGAACGACCCCGACUACGACCCCAAGGUUUAAAUGGUGACUAUAGACAAAUAACCCUAUCCUGAAGGAUGGAACCCCCCCAGCUGAGUGCAGGCAACAGUGAGUCCUUGCCUAGCUGCGAUGAGGAUCAACUGCACUGUACUUGCUUCUCAAAUU